UCUGGCUGCACUACAGGCGCCCAACAUCUGCAUUGGCCUGACAAUGAUAAUAUUUCCUUCCGCAAUUUGAUAGCCUGGCUGGAAUUUUUCUCUCUCUCUCUCUCUCCGGAAUCUCAUCUGUCUCCUUUUUGAGGCUGUGUCACCCUCUGACCCCAGGCCGGAGGGUCUGAACCUGGGGAGGAUGGAGGGACUUCACUAUUGGGUGGCAGCUGCUGCUAUCUCAUGCACACUCAUUUUAAACCCCGUGACUGGUGACAAGGUGGCAAACCAUCAUUACACCUGCUGCUCGAGUUAUGACAAAGAAAUUGCCAAGAGGUCCUUUUGUUUGAUUAAAAGCUACAGCAAGGAAUCAAUGUGUGGAAGUGGCAAAGAGGCUAUAAGAUUUCGUGGGAAAAAAUUGGAAUCCUACUGCGCCAAUCCCAAAGAGAAAUGGGUGAAGGACCUUCAGAACUUCCUGGACCGUAAAGUGAAGUGCAUUCCAAAAAGGAGGACCACUGCCAAGAAACUGCCUUUGGUUGAAAAGAGGGUGAGGUCAGCACCUGACGGAGGCUUCAGUUCCACUGGAGUGACACAUCUGACUGAGACACCUACCACAAGAGUCGCCUAUUCAACUGGUGAUCCCUUCACUCCCACUGUGCCCAGCCUGAAGGCACAACAGGGCACGGAAGAUCCAAUUCUUAUCCCGAAACCAGGUUCUCCGAUGGAUAAUGUACGUCUCUCAGUUGCAGAAAGCACCGAAGACAGCGUUGUCACGGCAGCGCGUCAAGUGACAGGUGACUGCCAUCUUGGGUUCUCCGAAUUGUGGGGGAAAGCUCACCCGGACCACCAGGAGUCCCAGGAGGAUGAAGGGCUCACCGCUAAGACAACACACAGCAGCACCAUAGCGGCGGCUGCAGUGGGGCUAAUUGCAGUGCUCCUUAUAUACGCAGUGUUUUACUGCACUCAUAGGAGGAGAGGCCUCAAACUACGAGAUGAAGCUGGUAAGAAUGGAAUGGAGAGCGAACCGGUGGUUCUUAAAUGAUACCCACCCAGCAGGCGCCUGCUUCUAAUGUCGAUGAAGUUGUGACAUCUUUCUAACUGAGCUGUAAAAUGUUGCUCAAUGACCGGAAUAGGGCAGAUGGAUUUAGAGGUGUGAGGGGGAGCGGGGGGAGGGGAGAAUGUGGUCAGCCUUGGCUUGUGACCUUUGCUGAGUUGACAUGCAAACUGCUGUGCAUUUUAGGGUCUGCCGACAGACUGUGACUCCUUUAGACGCCCUCCCUUGCGAUUACUUUCUCAUGGCCCCUCUCAGGGACUUGUAACUUCUCAGCCGAGCUGAUUGUUAAUGAGGCGCAGUACAGUUCAAUCCUUCAUUCAAGGCCGAGGUUGCCUCGAACCCGUUAAUCUCUGCCAUUUGUGCCCCUCAAUUAUUCUUAAUCUCCUAUGAGGGUGUGUCAAAGUCUGUCUCGUUCCCAGUUACCCACUGGGAAAAUGUCGGGUGGGUCUUUUCCUGGAGUCAUGUCAAGUGCGUGGCGAGCAGACUUGCAGGAUUUUAACCCAGCGACGAUGAAGGAACGGCCAUUAUAUAUGUGUCGACAAAUGUGGAUAGUUUUUACUCGCUUGUUCAGCCACUUUCAAAGCAUUUGGCCCCCAUGUACUCUCGGUCCUCUUGGAGGUCUGUUCAUCUCUCUUAAUUAAAAGUUCUCCAUGUCAAGGCCUUCUCUCCUUCCAUCUCUCUCUCUCUCUUUCUGUCUCUCUCUCUUCUUCCAUCUUUCUCUCUCUCUCCUUCUGUCUCUCUCUCUCCUUCUGUCUCUCUCUCUCUCCUGUCUGUC